UCGGAGAACAAGAUCAUGAUACAUUGUGAGGCAUGUGACUGGUAGUUUUUAUUAGCCGUUCGUUCGAGACGUGCUUGAGUUCUGAUAGCAGAUGAAGUGACAAGAAAGACUUACAGAGAUGUAGAGAUUAUAGCGCUAUCAAGGUCCUUUUUAGGUAAAAGGACAACUAGUACAAGGACAUCAAAGAAGUCAUGUCCGGUGUUGAAACGAUGUUAGCUGGAGGCCUCGGCCUCAAGGCUGUGGCGAUGAUGAGGCAGGCCAGUCUGACGAUGAAGCGAGCAGCCAGACAAGCCUUCGCAAUGGCAGCAGACGCUAACAUAGCGGCUAUUCAAGCACGCACUGCCGAAAGCGAGCUCGAACGGUACGUGCAAGGAUCACCUGUUGUCCAAGUAGGAAAUGGCGGGAACAGCUUCAAGUUGGAUGGGUCGGUACAGCGGAUUAGCAGCUUCUGUAACGUUGGAGAACAGAAUUUAGCUGGAGGAGUAUCGAUGUUAAAAAUGAUGCAAGAGGAGCAAGACCGACUUCGACUUCUGGGGUGGAAUACGACGUCGAGGACACACGUCGGAAAAUCAAGCUCGCAACCAUCUUCAUCACGAAAACCAAGACGAUCGAAUGAUCGGUCACAGCACAGAAAACAAAAUCUAAGUCGAACGGAAAAAUCUAGGCGAGAACAACCAGAAGCGCUUGCGCAGAACUUUUUGUAAACACACGAUCUCACUAUCACUUGGACUUGGAACUGAAAUGAUGGUCAUCGUGUUUCUCCCAAUGCACAGUUUUUCUCAUCAACAUACAGUUACUUACGUGACAUCAAUGACAUAAGUAAAUGAAUACUCAAGAUGAACAGAUGUGAUUCAAAUUUCUUUCGCUGAACUGACCCUGAAUCAAAUUCGCAGAGCACUUGGACGUAAAAGGCGAGGAAGAACGCGUUCCCAAAUCAAACAGGACUAUUCCUACGACGUGCGUUUGUGUUUGUAGUAACUCCUUCAUUUCUUGAAAACGAACCUCAUGGGACCGCUUUCCGUUUCCGAGAAACGGAGUGCCAUCUCAACAUUGCUUGCGUGUUC